AUUGCAUUUCACAACACUAUCCUCAUUUUUUUUUUCUGUUUCUUAAACAGAAAGGAGAAGAUAUUGAGAGAGAGAGAGGAGGAGGUUAGGUGGUACUUGACCUACAUCCAUGCCUGCUGGGGGUUUCGCGUCCGUGCCGCCGGCCGGAGUGGAGUUUGAGGCGAAGAUCACGCCGAUCGUCAUAAUUUCCUGCAUAAUGGCGGCCACCGGAGGCCUCAUGUUUGGCUACGAUGUCGGUGUCUCAGGUGGAGUUACAUCCAUGCCUGAUUUCUUGGAAAAGUUCUUCCCAGUUGUUUAUGAGAAAACCAACGAUCCAACAAUUAAUAGCAACUAUUGCAAAUAUGAUAAUCAAGGACUACAACUGUUCACAUCAUCACUGUACCUUGCUGGACUAAUAGCAACUUUCUUUGCCUCAUACACCACAAGAAAUCUAGGCAGGAGGCCAACCAUGCUUAUUGCUGGGGUUUUCUUCAUUGUCGGUGUUGUGCUUAAUGCCUCCGCCAAAAACCUUGCCAUGCUCAUCAUUGGCAGGAUUUUAUUGGGUUGUGGUGUCGGCUUCGCUAAUCAGGCUGUGCCACUUUUCUUGUCCGAGAUAGCACCCACAAGAAUCCGGGGUGGACUUAACAUACUGUUCCAGCUUAAUGUGACAAUUGGCAUACUUCUUGCUAACCUAAUCAACUAUGGCACCUCUAAAAUCAAAGCAGGAUGGGGUUGGAGGUUGUCAUUAGGAUUAGCUGGCAUUCCCGCUGGUCUCCUCACUCUUGGGGCACUCCUGGUGGUGGAAACACCUAACAGCCUAAUUGAGCGUGGUCUCCUGGAAGAAGGAAAAUCUGUGCUCAGAAAGAUUCGAGGCACGGAAAAAAUUGAACCUGAGUUCCUAGAACUUGUCGAGGCAAGUCGAGUGGCAAAAGAAGUAAAGCACCCUUUCAGAAAUCUUCUCAAGAGGAGGAAUAAGCCUCAACUGGUCAUUGCAGUUGCCUUGCAGAUAUUCCAGCAAUUCACAGGCAUCAACGCUAUCAUGUUUUAUGCUCCAGUGUUAUUUGACACUGUUGGAUUUGGCAAUGAUGCUGCCCUUUACUCAGCUGUCAUAACCGGGGCUGUCAAUGUGCUCUCCACUCUUGUAUCUGUGUAUUCUGUCGACAAAUUGGGUCGUCGGAAGCUCCUGUUAGAAGCUGGUGUUCAAAUGUUCCUCUCUCAAGUGGUAAUAGCAAUUAUUCUUGGAAUCAAGGUAAAAGAUCACACUAACGACCUUCAUCAGAGUUAUGCAAUCAUCGUGGUUGUCAUGGUAUGCGUUUUUGUAUCCGCCUUCGCUUGGUCUUGGGGGCCUCUUGGUUGGUUAAUCCCCAGUGAGACCUUCCCAUUAGAGACCCGCUCAGCUGGGCAGAGUGUGACUGUUUGUACCAACUUGCUCUUCACUUUUGCAAUAGCACAAGCUUUCCUCUCAAUGCUUUGCCAUUUCAAGUGGGGCAUUUUCUUAUUCUUCUCUAGCUGGGUUUUGAUCAUGUCAAUCUUUGUGGUAUUUCUGGUUCCGGAGACCAAAAACAUACCUAUUGAAGAGAUGACUGAGAGAGUAUGGAAGAAACAUUGGCUUUGGAAGAGAUUUCUUGAUGAAAAUGUAGAUGAAGAAGUUGGCACCAAUGCAACGGACCUGAAGAAGGGCGGCCAUUCUAUUGGACUUGAUCCUGCUUCCCAGUUCUAAAUUGGAGGGGUUUUAUGAAACUGUGUGCAUAUAUAUAUAGAUAUCAUAUAUUGAAUAUGCACUAGAUAGUGAAUAGGCGCAAAUCUUUCCUUUUUUCUUUAGUAUAUUCUUAGUUUUGUGAGAGGGAAAUCCAACUUUACACUUUGUACAAUAUGACUUUUAUAAGAGAGAAGAUAUGACUUUUA